UACACGCUCCCCGAGACAGACGGCGCCUUGGCCUGCCGCCGCAGUGGGAGGAAACUCGCUCCCUCUCGCUCCCCAUCCCUCAGUCCACGGCGCUCGCUCCGCUUCCCUCCCCUCCGCGACCUUCAAGGCGACGAGACGAUGCUGCGGCUCUCCCGCUUCCUCCCCUCCGCCUCCAGGAGAGGUUUUGAUCUAAAAGAAUCUCUUUUGAGUGGUUCACUGACAUUCCAACAAGCUGUUUCAACUUCAGCAGCAAAUAUUGAUGAUAACUUGUCUAGCAAAAAGUAUGCAAGCUAUACUGUGUUCAAGGGAAAGGCUGCACUUUCUAUACAACCUAUACUGCCAAGUUUCAGCAAAUUAGAAUCCGGUGGAUCUCGAGUGAGCAGAAAUGGAUCAAUCAUGUUGACCUUCUUUCCUGCUGUUGGACCAAGGAAGUAUGACUUUACAAAGAAACAGCUCUUUGCUCUGUCACCAACCGAGGUUGGAAGCUUGAUAAGUCUUGGGCCUGCUGAAUCCUGUGAAUUUUUCCAUGACCCAUCCAUGAAAUCAAGUAAUGAAGGAAUGGUGAAAAAAUCGCUGUCGAUCACUCCACUUGGCAGUGACAGUGGAUACUUUGUUAAUAUAACUGUUGUGAACAGCGUGGAGAAGACUAAUGAUCGUCUUUCAGUCCCUAUCACAAAAGCUGAGUUUGCUGUGAUGCGCACAACUCUGAGUUUUGCAUUGCCGCACAUCAUGGGUUGGGAUCAGGCUUUAACCAAUCACCACCCAUCUCCUCCAGCUAUCAGCAAGCCCAGGGUAGAGCGUCCACACCCGGAUUCUGAAUGGGAAAGGUGAAGCUUGUAGCGGCUAGAUGUUGGAGGCUUUGGACUUCAGUAGAAGUUGCUGGAGGUAUGGAGCAUUGGUGUGCUUGAACAGUGUGCCAUUAGAAUUCUGGAACUUAAAGACUUAAGGCCGGAUGAAGCACGAUGAACUAUUGUGUUUGUUGAGUGCAUGUAUAACUCUACCACGCCUUCUAAAUGCAUAUCUAGUCGAGUUAGCUGUUCUACGCUUGCUUGUGAUUUGUGAACAAUGUCUGUGCUUGGUAAGCAUCAGCUUGAUGCAGUGACCUUA